AGGGUAGCCAGGAGCUGUAUAGACACCAUGACUUGGAGGCGGCUGAGGCUCCCUGUGUAAGUGGAAAGCAUUUAUUUUGUGUUCAGUCCGGAGCAAUCUUUGAUGGAAGCCAGGCUGCGGGACUGGUGGGGGGAAAUCGCCUGGAUUUUUUUCCCCUCCCUGUUUCCGAGUCCCUCCCUGGGAAAAAAAGUGCUGCCCACCCAAGGAGGCAACCGAAUCGCCUACUCUGCCUCUGUCUGUCUCACACGCACCGCGCGAGUGUCUCGCUCUCCCCUUGCAGUGACUGCUUGUGUUUUCAGGUUGCUCGGACCUGAAAUCUAAGCGAAUAAUCUCAGCGUUCGCCCAGCUGCUGCAGCUGGUGGUGUUACUGGUGAAGAGGAGGAGAGGGGGGUUUCUUUCAAUUCGAUGGAUCUGAAAUCAGAGUCUCUGGACCGCCGUUGUUUGGGAAUAUCUACACGCUGAGCCUGUUUAGGGUGGCGCAUCAGCUCAUCGGGGUGAACCAUCUGAAGAGAACAAGAUGUUUCUUGCUACCUUAUACUUCGUUUUACCCUUAAUGGAAGUGAGCGGGCUGCCUGGCGGGGACCGUCUGGACUGCGUGCGAGCCAGCGAUCAGUGUCUCAAGGAGCAGAGCUGUAGCACUAAAUACAGGACACUGAGGCAGUGUGUAGCCGGCAAAGAGAGCAACUUCAGCCGGGCGACAGGCCUGGAGGCGAAAGACGAGUGCAAAAGCGCCAUGGAGGCGCUCAAGCAGAAAUCUCUUUACAACUGCCGCUGCAAGAGGGGCAUGAAGAAGGAGAAAAACUGCCUGCGCAUUUACUGGAGCAUGUACCAAAGCUUACAGGGAAAUGACUUGCUUGAAGAUUCCCCCUAUGAACCAGUUAACAGCAGAUUAUCAGACAUAUUUAGGCUAGCACCAAUCGUAUCAGUGGAGCCAGCACUUUCAAAAGGAAACAAUUGUUUGGAUGCAGCAAAAGCCUGUAACCUAAAUGAUACCUGCAAGAGGUUCAGAUCUGCUUAUAUAACCCCCUGUACCAGCAGUACAUCUAAUGAUAUCUGCAACAAGCGGAAGUGUCAUAAGGCUCUCCGGCUAUUUUUUGACAAAGUUCCCCCAAAGCACAGCUAUGGAAUGCUCUUCUGCUCCUGUCGAGACAUAGCCUGCACAGAAAGGAGACGGCAGACUAUUGUUCCUGUGUGUUCAUAUGAAGACAAGGAGAAACCAAACUGCUUGAAUUUACAAGAUUCCUGCAAGAAGAAUUACAUCUGCAGAUCUCGCCUUGCAGAUUUUUUCACAAACUGCCAGCCUGAGUCACGGUCUAUUAGUAGCUGUCUGAAGGAAAACUAUGCUGACUGCCUCCUGGCUUACUCGGGGCUUAUUGGCACAGUUAUGACACCAAACUACAUAGACUCCAGCAGUCUCAGUGUUGCCCCAUGGUGUGACUGCAGCAACAGCGGUAACGACAUAGAAGAAUGCUUGAAAUUUCUGAAUUUCUUCCAGGACAAUACAUGUCUUAAAAAUGCAAUUCAGGCCUUCGGCAAUGGUACAGACGUGACUGUGUGGCAGCCAAUCCUACCAGUACAAACCACCACAGCAACAACUACGACAGCUUCCAGAUUUAAAAACAUGGGCUCAGAGAGCACCAACAAUGAAAUACCCACCCACAAUGAUUUACCAGCAUGUGCAAAUCUGCAGGCACAGAAGCGGAAAUCCAAUGACUCUGUAGACACAGAACUCUGUCUUAAUGAGAAUGCUAUUGGGAAGGACAACACAGUCAGAGUCUCCACCAGUCACAUAUCUUCAGAGAAUUCAUCUGCUCUUCCUACAAGCUUCAGUCUAAGCACACUGUUCAUAUUGAUGACAAUUGCACUCUCAAUCUCUUUGUUCUUAAGUUCAUCAGAAACCUUGUAGCUGCAUUACAAAAGGACACGUUAAAAAAAAAAUCUGUUUCCUGUCCUCUGUUGUUUGUCUGAAAUUCCAGUUCCAGGAGCUGAGUUGAAGCACUCUGCUAAAACAGUUUCAUUCAACUGGAAUUUUUCUUUCUUUUUCAUUUUCUUCUUCUUUUUUUUUAAGCUUCUUAUGAUAUUUAGGGGCUUUGUGAGAUAUUUGAUGCAGUGGUACAUUCCAAACCCAAAAGGCUUUUGGGCAUGCAGUGUUUUAAAGAGACAGUAUGUAAAUUUGCCUGUAAAGCAAUCUGUUUGGAUUUUUUAUUAUUAUUUCAAUUCUGGCCUUUACCUGAGAAGGAAGAUGUCAGUUUUCUUAAGAUCCUAUUUAUCUCAUUUAAUGAUUUUGCUUUUAAAAUUAAAUGAACAUCAGACUAACGAGGAUGCCAGGCUUUUGUCACAUGGUGAAUGUUCUCCCAGAGAGUGGACUUCAUGAAAUGUCUUCAUUUGAUAGAUUGCUACUGAUGUUUAACCUUUCAAUAUAUUAGCAUUCUGCUCUUUAAAUGUUUAUGUAAUGUAAGUGGUUCUGCAUUCCCUGCUGAGAAGCCAUGAUAAGUCACAUACAGGUGUAAUGUACAUCUUUUAGUUAAAAUCUCAUAAAAAACAGAGUGUGAUAAACUUUUACUUUUACUAGCACUUCUAAAUUUUAGUUACAUUUAGCCUUAACAAGAGGUGAAAAUUCCUUAAAUUAACAAGAAGCAAUCAUUGCAAACACUUCAUAAUGCUAAAUUUAUUUAAAUUUACAAGGAUAUACAUCAUAGAAACAAAUUUUGCUAAAGAGUUUCAAUUGUACAAUUGUUGGUCUUCUAUACUUCUAUUGUAAUAAUACAGUCUAGUUAUUUUACUGUUGGUUUAAUAAAAAUGACAUACAAUUUAUUUCAUCUACUAAAACAGCAUUAUCUGCUUAUAUUUACAUAGUAUUUCAGCUCUAAAAGUUAAAGGAGCUUUAUGCCUUAGCUCUCCGAUCACACCAUUAUAGACUGAAAGUAGGACAUAAAGCAGAAAUGUGAAAUUUAAAUUGUGUAUCAUUUCUUAUACUGCUAAAAUCAACACGUAAAGGGAUCAUUGCUUCAGUUAUGGGUACAGUCAUGCAACCCUCAUCUAUGUAAGUAGUUUUUACUCACACUAGUACUCCCACUCCAGCCCAUGGAACUGCUGAGUAAGGGUUUGCGAGAUGGGGCCCAUAAAUAGUUUAAUGGCAGUACUGCCAGUGCACAUGAUUUAAACACUUUUGUUUUCAUUUGGUGACACCAACAUCCUUUGCUGAAUCAUGAUGAUUUUCUGCAGUAUCUAGAAAGGAUUUUUUAAAGCUUUAAAUGUCAUCAGAUAGGCAGCACGUCUCCUAAGGGCUGUCUGUAUACCUGACUGUAGUGGCUUGGUGACUGUUACAAGCAGUUAUGUCUAAAUGAUCAACUGUAAUCUGGUUUUGUUUUUAUUGAAAGUAGACGAUCACUUUGCUAGGUGUAGAGUUCAUCACUCUGAAUUUAUAGUUUUACACUGAAACCUACAUGAUGUGUUCAGGUUUGGUUGAAAUGUCCAGAUCAGAUAUUUGCAAUAAAAAUACAAACUAGAGAUCAUUGAAUUCAGUGCUGCUAGCAAUGUGAAAAAUAUACAUCUCACUAACUAAUUGUUAAACUAUUGGCUGAUCCAUAUUUGGGAUUUUUCUUUUUACCAAGCUAAUAAAAGCAGUGCAAAAAAUUCUAAAAGUCACUUUUGUAGUCUUGGUUAUAGUUACAUACCAUACGAUUCAAAGCAUUCUCUGACAAACAUCUAGAGUACUGUGUUCCGCUAAACACAGCAAAUUAGACAACAUUACUCCUUAAUUCUGCCCUGAUAAAAAAAACUUCAAAUUAUUUUCAAAGGCAUCAGAGCUGCUUUGGAGAAGAAAUAUAUAGUCUAUCGUUACUACAAAAUCCCUUGUGGUUGCUGUUGCUUUUCUUCUAAAAGCUAAUCAAAUUAUUGAAAAAUAGUGGCAACAAGA